GACCUUUAUAUCACCUUGUCAUUUGUCGAUAGGUCAAAUUUUGACACUUUAGUUUGGUGCCGGCUGCUAGGCAGCAAGAACUAACAUUCGUUUCCGAUUUAAUUGCAAUUAUCGUACGUUCUCCCUCAUCUCCAAAAUGCCCAUCAAAACCAUUUUGGCCCGCCAAAUCUUCGACUCCCGCGGUAACCCAACCGUGGAAGUCGACCUCGUGACAGAUUUGGGUCUCUUCCGAGCUGCGGUACCAUCCGGAGCCAGUACUGGUGUCCACGAGGCUUUGGAACUCCGCGAUAACGACAAAGCCAACUACCAUGGCAAAUCCGUAACAAAAGCCAUCACCAACGUGAACUCCAUCAUCGCCCCGGAAGUGAUUAAAUCCAACUUGGAAGUCACCCAGCAGACCGAAAUCGACGAACUGAUGCUGAAACUCGACGGGACCGAAAAUAAAUCGAAACUGGGGGCCAACGCCAUCCUGGGAGUGUCUCUGGCUGUGGCUAAAGCCGGUGCAGCCAAAAAAGGAAUUCCUUUGUACAAACAUCUGGCGGACCUUGCUGGAAACAAAGAUAUUAUUCUUCCAGUUCCAGCGUUUAACGUUAUCAAUGGAGGCUCGCACGCUGGUAAUAAUUUGGCGAUGCAAGAGUUCAUGAUUUUGCCAACGGGAGCUAGUUCUUUCACGGAGGCGAUGAAAAUGGGUACUGAAGUGUACCAUCAUUUGAAGAACGUCAUCAAAGCGAAGUUUGGAUUGGAUGCCACCGCUGUCGGGGAUGAAGGAGGUUUUGCUCCCAAUGUUCCUUCAGGAGAUGAAGCUCUUGGGUUAAUCGUAGCCGCGAUUGAGAAAGCCGGCUACAAUGGAAAAAUCGACAUCGCUAUGGAUGUAGCAGCGUCUGAGUUCUACAAAGACGGGUUGUACGAUUUGGACUUCAAAAACCCACAAUCCGACAAAAGCAAGUGGAUUACUGGGGAAAAACUUCUCGAAACGUAUAAGGGUUUCAUCCAGAAGUUCCCCAUCGUGUCCAUCGAGGAUCCCUUCGACCAAGACGAUUGGGGUUCAUGGACUGCCAUCACCUCCUCCACUAAUAUCCAGAUUGUUGGUGACGACUUGACCGUGACCAACCCCAAACGUAUCACCACUGCCGUUGAAAAGAAGGCUUGCAACUGUUUGCUUUUGAAGGUUAACCAAAUUGGGUCGGUUACCGAAUCCAUCAAGGCCCACCUUCUGGCGAAAGCCAAUGGUUGGGGUACCAUGGUUUCGCACAGAUCUGGAGAGACUGAAGAUACUUUUAUUGCUGACUUGGUGGUGGGACUUUCCACUGGACAAAUUAAGACUGGGGCACCUUGCAGGUCCGAACGUUUGGCUAAAUAUAACCAGAUUCUGCGUAUUGAGGAAGAGUUAUCUGGUGGAGCCAAGUAUGCGGGCAAGUCUUUCCGUAAACCACAGUAAUUUAAGAAUGGUUGGAUGGUUUUUGAGUUUUGGACAAUUCGUGGUUGUCUGGAACUACUGCCAAUUUUCCAUUUUUUAAAUAGUUAAGUGGCCAAAUACAACCCAUUUAUGUCACGGUAGAGUUGUAAUCUAUAGCUGCGUGGUGUUUCAAGUCCACAGGAAAUAUUUUGAGACAAUAUUUUUCAAAACAAAGGUUAUUUAUUUAGGUUUUGUAAGUCAUGUAGUGCCGCUUUCGUGUGAACUUGAAACGCACUUUAUCAUGUGUGGUUGUAAUCAUUGUAAGAAGUGUACAAUAAAUUCUAAGCAAACA